UUUUGUUGGUUUUCUCUGGUUUUAAAAUACCCUCCAAACACACUUUCACAUGUCAGUGAAAUCAUAUUUCCCUCUCUUUCUUCUUCAUCUCCUUCUCCUUUCAUUUUUCUAAAUUUCAUCUAAAAAAAACCAUGACUAACUAUAGAAUGGACUCAGAAGAGGAAGCUUUGUUUCGUAAUUCUCCCUAUCCACUUUACUUCGUGCAAAGUCCAUCCACCAUCUCCCAUGCAAAUAGUGGAGAACUGUCUCGUCACAACAACAACAACAAUAACAGUAACGAGUUUUCAUUAGUAUGUCAUUCUCCAAUGCCACGACCAGAAGCCGGUCCAUUGGCUCUCUCUCGAUACUCAUCUCGUGGAUCUAACCACUUGUUCUCGCAUCACGAGAAGAAGAUUUCUUGCGACUCUCUUCAGAGCCACGGGACAGGAAUCGAUGAGAACAUCGAGAUUGAUCGAGAGAAACAUUGUAGUGCAAUGUUGUUGGUUCACGGGGAAAAUGGCAGUAGUGUUCAUGAAGAGGGGGAUGAGUACGAGGAUGAGGAUGAAGAGGAUUAUUAUUAUGGGAAAGGAAGUUGGAAGAGGUUUUUUUCUUUGGGAUAUUCGGAUUCGACCCCAUGGAUCGUUUUGCAAGUAACUUGGAGGCUUAUUGUGAGUAUGAUAGUAGCUUUGGUUGUUUUCUAUCUUGCCACAAAGCCCCCUGCACCUAAGAUUUCUGUUAAGAUUGCGGGUAUUCGUGAAUUUGGAUUAAGAGAGGGAGUGGAUGGAACUGGUGUAAACACCAAAAUGCUGACAUGCAAUUGUUCAAUGACCUUACAAAUAGAUAACAAGUCUAAGCUCUUUGGGCUUUACAUUCAUCCCCCUGCCAUGGAAAUGUACUUUGGAAGGCUCCCUUUCAUAUUAGCACAAGGUGAAGAACUUUAUGCAGGGAGCUAUGGGCCAGCAUACUUCAAGCUAAGUGCAGGGACAAGGAACAAGGCAUUGUAUGGGGCAGGAAGAGUUAUGCAAGAUAUGCUCCGAUCCAACAAAGGAUUGCCUUUGCUAAUUCGCGUACAUCUCAGUUCAACUUUCCAUGUUGUUUGGGGUCUCAUCAAGCCCAAAUUUCAUCACCAAAUCGAGUGCCUUGUUGUUCUUCAUAACACGUACAAUAAAAGACAGAGGACCCAAGCUUAUAAUAGCACUUGUGUGUUGACAUCUUAAUUCUUAAAACCAUCAAUUUUUUUUAAUUGCAAGAUGUUGAUGAAGGAAAAAAAAAAACAAGAGAAAAUGUAUUGUUAAUUAUCUGUGUCGCGAAUCGAUUUCAGUUGGUUGAUAUUGCAGCAAGAAGGUAUUCUCAGCCAUGAAUUUUUGUAAAGGAUGUGGAAGGAUCCAUUAGUAUAUAAUAUUAAUGAUAUGUGCUUCGAUCUAUAGUUCAAA